CACGCACAUCUUCUCCACCACUACAGAGCUCUCCUCCUAGUCUCUCUUCUCUCCUCUUCUCGUGUAAAUCCGUCUCUCCCUUCUUCUUCGACCAUCCCCCGCAGCUACACCCAUCAUAUCUAAUCCUCCUCCACAACUCAUCAUCACCGCCAUCAUGUCCCGCAAAGGCGUCGGCAUCGCCGCCUUCGACCGCUCCCGCAUCACCUCCGCCCAAUUCGCCUCCCACGGCUCCUCCCUCCGCGCCACCAACGCCCAGGCCCUCGAGACCCAGCUCGCCGUCUUCCGCUCGCUCCUCCAGCAGUUCGCCACGACGCACGCAAAGGACAUACGCUCCGACCCUUCGUUCCGCGCCCAGUUUGCGCGCAUGUGCUCCGCCAUCGGCGUCGACCCCCUGGCAAGCUCCAACAGCCAUAGCAGCGGCUCCGGAAGCUCCGUCUGGGCGCAGCUGCUGGGCAAGACGGUCAACGACUUCUACUUUGAGCUGGCCGUGCGCAUUGUUGAGGUUUGCGGCGCGACGAGGGGCGAGAAUGGCGGCUUGAUUGGCUUGAAGGAGCUGCGCGACCGCGUGUCCAAGGGACGCAUGGAGGGUGCUGAUUCCAUCAGCGAGGAUGAUGUGCGCCGUGCUGUCGAGACGCUCAAGCCCCUCGGUGGGAGCUAUGCCGUUGUCACUGUCGGCAGGAAGGAGUACGUGCGGAGCGUGCCGCGCGAGCUGAGCACCGACCAGGCGGCCGUGGUGGAGGCGGCGCAGGUGCUGGGAUAUGUGAGCGUGGGCAUGUUGCGAGACAAUCUCGGGUGGGAAGUGGCCAGGUGCAAGACGGUGAUUGAAGACUUGAUGGCGGGAGGGAUGCUCUGGGUCGACAAGCAGACAAAGGGGGAGUGGGAAUAUUGGAGUCCGGGCGUCAUGGCUGAUACAGAUGGCGGCGAUACGGGACCUUGAAGGAGACCUGCGACAGAAAGAGGAUUGCAUUGCAAAAAAUGACAAACGAGCAACAAAAGGAUCAUGCUACCGAGUUGAGCCAAAUCUUUCAACCUCGAGGAGCAGAUGCCGAAACAGUCGUCGUCUCAUACCUGCCUUAUGGCACCGAAUCAUCGCCUAGGAAAGCAACGAGU